AUGGCUGGAAAUGAAGGACACGAUUUGUUUGAUCCUAAAUCCUCCAAUCUCCCUUUUGACGCUGCAAACCCACUACUAGACCUCCAACUUGGAUCACUCGAUCCAACACUUCACCACUCACUCCUCAGCCAAUGGCCUUCGCACUCCCGAGACCUAUACUACCCCCGAUAUACUCACCCCCGUCUGACAGGCGACCAAGAUGCCUGGAACCCGCUGCUGGCCACCGGUGUCCCGGCCACCUCAUCCAUCUCGCAUAUGAACAUGCCUGCUCAGGUGCCCGAUCAGGACUGUUGCUUCUCGCAACAUUAUAGCGAGCCUUCUGAGAGUGGAAGCCAGUAUAUAGAUAGCCAUCAUUCUGCUGAUUCCGGCUAUGGUGGAACUAGCUGUACAACACAGUCGGUUGUUGCUUCUUCGUACGGCAUGGAGUCAUCGAGCCCACAGAUGGACAUGACAGACAACAUGUCUGCCGAGUCGAAGCCUUCGUUUGACCGUCUCAAAUAUGGCUCUGUGUCUGAGGAAUCGUAUACGUCGGAGUUCAUGGGCUCGCCGUCGCAGUUGGUCGAUGCUUCAAUGCGAUGCGAACAUCCAUCGUGCAAGUGGGUUGGCAAAUGUCCUUCGGAUAAGAGGAAACACGAGGCUCGCCACAAAAAGCUAUUUAAAUGUGACGUGCCAAAUUGCCCGCGGAAGGACGGGUUCGGCACCAUCAAUGAUCUUGCCCGUCAUAAGAAAUGUGUACACAAUAAAGAGCCCGAGCGUGGGCCUAAGAUGAUGUACAUGUGUUUCGGGGCACACUGCCCGCGCCCGAAUAAGAAGUGGCCGCGCCUAGAUAACUUCAAGCAACAUCUGAACCGGAUGCAUCAGGAAGAGGAUGGGGAAGCACUCUUGAAAAAGUCCAUGGAUUGGUAUGAAAAAGUCAUUCUUCGCCAACCAGAACAGAGCCGCGACAGCCGUAACCCAAGAGAUAGUUCAGUAUUCGAGUCGCAUGAUGACGAGAUGUCCGUCCAAUCCACCCCGGAUAUCGAGCUAGAAUCCGGUUCCACCUCACAGCAGAAAACUGACAUUUUCACAUUUGGUGAUGCCACACCGAGACCCCCUCAGUAUGGUACGCCGUCUCUUGCGGACUCUGUGCCUUCCCAAUUCCCUGCUUUCACCUCUUUGGGUCUAUCAACAAGUCAAGGCCCUUCCGCUGAACGCGGAAUGACAAGGCCCGAUGGAUCGGUUACAGACGCAGCUGAUAAUUUAAUUAAUGCCAUGACAAAGAUGAUGAACAACCGUGGGCGGAGAUCAAGUCAAAAUACCGACGAGGGGAUUGAUCUUGGGGCCGACGCUGCUCAGCUGUCCCAGCCCCAGCGGCAGAUGCUGCAAAAGGUGCUCUCGGUGGCCUUAGAACGAUUAUCUGACGACAACCAGUCCAUCGCACAAGAUCAUGAUAACGAGAAACGUGACUGGUUUCAAUGUGAUGCGUGCCCAAAGCGGACUCGACUCCGCUGUGAGAUGAAGAAACACCAAAAGCGCCACGAACGACCGUACGGCUGUACUUUUCCUCACUGCGCCAAGUCAUUUGGCAGCAAAGCCGAUUGGAAGCGCCACGAGAGCUCCCAACAUCUCAGUGUGCCAAGUUGGUUCUGCACAGAACACGACGUGCAAACAGGCGCCUCGUGCGAACGAUUGUUCUAUCGGCCUGAGACAUAUACCCAUCAUCUGCACCAGCACGGAGUCCAUGAAUAUCAAGUGGCAGCUUCGACUGGCAAUAAUCGGCUCGAUCUGGCGGGCCAGUCGCAUUUCUGGUGUGGGUUCUGUAACUGCAGAGUCCCGCUGAGGAACCAUGGCCCUGAGGCCUCAGAUGAGAGAUUUAAUCAUAUUGACAUUGAGCAUUUCAAGAAAGGAGAGAGAGGUCAGGACUGGCGAUUCCCGUCUUCGUCGCUCGAUGGAGAUGAGAUGAAUCAGACCAAAGAUGUUGCGGUACAGACUUUUGACCGCAGUCGGAAGACUGCGGCGACUAGCGAGCGGAAGCGCAAGUAUGCUGCGGUAUAG